AGUGUGUGGGUGCAACCCCGUUUUUGCCAUGCCCAGUUCACUGUAGCCCAGUCACAUGUCAUUUGUUGGCAAUAAAGAUUGUCUUGUCUCACUGAUAAGGGUGAGGUGUGCAGUUUCCACUCAAGUCUAAUGAUCCCAUAAAAACAUGGUUAUUUUUAGAGGAAACCUUCAGCAGUCAUCUUUGUGUAAGCUGCCUGGCUGUCUGACUUUCGAAGACAAAUUUUUACAGAAUCAAAUUAUCACUGUUACUGAAGAAAUUCAAGACUGUCGAUUCUACAUCUAAGCUACUGCCGUGAGGUGUGAGCUCUAUCUGUUUGUGUGUUGCAGCAGAAAUUUUCUUCCAGGUUUGUAGCUGCUUACUACUAUUCAGUCAUUUCACUGAAGCCUAGAGGAGAAUAAAAAACAUCUCCAAUUAAACCUUUUUUUAACUCGGUGGUGCACUCAUUAUGGGUGAGAGUUCUGAAAGGGUUCCAUGAGUACUGUCAUUCUUAUUAGAAAGGUGCAGCAGAGGUUGAUGGAACCUAUAAAAAUGCAUGUGCUUUGUUUGACAUGUACACAAGUCCUGACCUCCACAUUCUUACCAUGCAAAAUUGCUACCAAGCACUUGAGAAGCCAUACGCCUUUCCAUGACCUCAAGGAAUCAGAUAGCAUGACCUCUGUUACUUAUUGUUCGUGGCUGUUUGUUCCACUCAGUUUAUGACUCAGCAUUAUGCAAAUCUUGAGGGAAAAUUCACACGUUUUGGAAAAGGUGGUUGUAGUUCCUACUCCUACCCUGUAUGCAUUCUCAUGGUACCAACAAAUUAGGUCAGCAUGUGAGGGAAAUAGUCCAAACGUGAUCAAACAUUUGUAAUAUUGAAAUUUCGGCAUCGUCUAUGUUCAGCACACAAUUGGCUUUUAUGUCCGGAAAGGCUUUUGGAAUUUUUGAACUAAGAAAAAGUUUCAGCUGGGUUAAUCGUUUGUACUCCUCAAGAUUAAUAAGGUUCAAGCACUCAAGGCCAGCAACAUCUUCAUGAGCAAGUGAUUUGUGCAGGAUGAAGCCAAUGAAGGAGAUACUGGAGGUGCUGCCACGACCGUCGAAUGCCUUGCACCCGGGCCCCCUUGGUUUGGUGCUGGCAAAAAUAAUAGCCAAGUUACUCGAGCGACACAAGAGUGCUACAGCGUUGUUUAAUGAUGAAUACCUUUUCUUGAACUGGGCCCAGUGGGCUGCAGAGGAGCCCUGUCUGAAAAUCCUGACUUCGCACCCCGAAGAAGCCGGCAGAGUCCCGAGCAUGCUUCCCAGUGCUGGACAAGGGGACUGCCUUGUAGUGACAUCUCUUGGUUCAAAGGAGGCUCUAGAGGCUGACCUGGCCAUCGAGGAUUGCUGGGGCAUUGGAGAGCUGCUGUCUGGGGACUCCGAGGACUUCGUGGAGCCUUCUCUGGAGCAGAAAGUCUUGCUGACAGAGCCACAACUUCCCCUUAAAGCCCAAGACCGAUCGGCCAUGGGAGAUGUUACCGGUGGCUCUGGAGCCACUGACAAAGACCCCAUUUUUUGGAGCGCUGAUGGCCAUUGUGGGCACAAAUCUUCGUCCCAGAGAAGGAACCUGGAUUGUGUGCACAUGCAUUCACCUAACUGUUCAUUCGCCUGGAAGAGGAGCACUGUUGCCCCCCAGUGCAACAUAAGCACAGCACAUAUGGGGCAACUGCCUGAGCAACAUAAGUUUGGUGCUCGGGCGGGUUCCUGGUGCCCUAUGUGGAUAAAAGAUGAUAGUGAAAAAAACCUUGAGACUAGCUCAAGGUUUUUUUCACUAUGAUACGUUCAUCAGCUCACCUGUGCAGUAACCCUUAUUUCGGAUAGAAGAUAUGUGCUCAAGGCCUCCGCAGAUCCCGAGAUGCUUUGUCUCUUCUUGGGAAUAAACAACAAGAUAGCAGAAUCUGCUCCAAGAGCAAACGGGGGACAUUAACAGCUUCUACGACGAUAGAUACCCUUUAGGGUUGGUGGGUUUUUGCUUGUGCCCUGUGUGCCAACAUUUGCAAAACCACCUUCAGACCAGAAAUUUUUAUGUCAGUCGUGCAGGGUGCUAUGUCCUAUGCGAAAGCCCAUCGCUAUUGAAGAGACCUCACCCUCGCAAGGAAAGUCUCCAGGUAACAAUAUCCUCAAAACAUUUCACUGGCGAGCUUGAUUCAACAUAAACUGUUUCUUUCGCUUUAACACAAUGAAGAACCUACUUGACCAUGUUUCUUGUCAGCUCGUGCCAAGGAACACCAGGUGCUCUGUUGGCUGGUCCUGGAAAACUGGUGAUGGCUUCGAAUCUAUGUAUGCUUUCUUAGUCUUCCCCGCAGCCUGAGAGCAAGGGACUACUAUGUUUGAAUUUUGCUAGCAGCCAUGUAGGAAAGCUGAAGGACAAACUCGAUGCAGAAAUAGAUGACUUGAUAGAGUGUCUAUGCCAAGUCUCAAUGCGUAUGGUCCGAAGCCACUUCUCGCUUUAUGCUCAGGUGUGGGAGGAUGCUGGGAGCCUUAGGGUUCAGCAUGUGCCCGCUUUGAAAAGAUCUGAAAAAAGUAAUUACUGCAAAACUGAUGUGUCGUUUGAACACACUCCCCUGUUUCUGACUUGCUUCUGUUUUUCUCCAUAUGGUCUCCACCUCUCUGCAGCAGUGUGGGUAAUGCAAGCCACUCUCUCGUACCUCCAACCCCUUUCGUCCAAUUAAUCUUUACACCCUGUUAUCCUCUGUUGAUGGAUUUGCUUUUGAACCCAGAAAAGCUUGCAAGUGUAGUAGAGUCAACCAUUUCAUGCUGUAUUUGUAGAUCUUGUAAACGAUGUUUAUUAAAAAAAAAAAAACACUUGUUCCUACUGUAACUGUUCCAGUUUUUAAUUUGAUACAUGGGUUGUACCGAUUAUAGACUGAUGAAGUAUCCGACUAUGUUUACUCCAGUACUGAAGCCCAUUUGAAAAAGCAAGUGGAAUGCUUUGUGUAUACGUAAUAAAAAGGAAUGCCUGUAAGUAAGCCUUGCAUUGAUACAGGUGUGCUCAACAACGUGGAAAUGUCUCAGAAACGGGGACCUAUCGCCCUUCAUGUUCUAAGCUGCUUGAACAUAUCUAAACAUGUGGGAUUAUCUUGAAAAUUAUGAUUGAUUGUUCAGAUCUCGGCAUGGCUUCCGCAGAGGACUCUUGACAACCACUCAACUGAUUCAAACCGUUCAUGACCUCUCUAGGACGAUUAAUUGCCGCAGUCAAAAGUUUAUAAUAUCUCUGGAGUUUGCGAAACUGUUUGAUAAAGCAUCUAAAUCAUUACUCCGAAUUAACAUCAUUUUUAACAACUCAAACUUCACAAGGUGGUUUUCAUCUUAUCUUUCUUCCCGGAAACAGGUGUUCCCCAGGGUAGUUUAGGUCCCCUCUUGUUUAUAAUUUUUAUAAAUGAUCACAACUUCUUGCAGAUGACUGUAAUGUAUAACAAGAUAGAAAGUAGAGAUG